AUGACGUCGGCCCGCUCCAGCGUGAAUUUGCCCGUGCUGCUGCAGAGGCGGGGGGGUGGGAUUGGAUAUGAGAUGACGUCGGCCCGCUCCAGCGUGAAUUUGCCCGUGCUGCUGCAGAGGCGGAACUGGAUGCUCCUGGUGGUCGUAGCGAUCCACGCGGUGCUGUGCGUCGUGCGGAGGGAUGCGGUUCAGAUGGCGAUCUCUGCGACGCAGCUUUCUUCGAAGGCACUGAGCCAAACGCCCUCCAUCGUAAUGGUGUGCCUCGCGCUGAAGGGCGUCUGGGUCAUCUACGUGGGCGCCUGGUACUUCCCCGCCGCGGUCGCGGCGGCACCGGCGGCCGGCAAUCCCGCGGUGGUCGGGGCGACGCUCGCCUUCACGCGUUCCUCUGGGGCGGUCUCCGUCGCAUCCCUCAUCAUGGCCCUGGUGGAAAUGGCGAAGCGGAAUCAGCGGAAGACGUUCAAGUGCAACCCCAUCCGGUGCUUGAUCGCAAUGAUCUGGUGCUGGGUUCAGUCGAUUGUCGAGGCGCUGUCGCGCUUCAGCCUGGUGGCCCACAUGUUCCACGGCGGUAGCCUCACGGAGGCGGCCUACAAGACCACGGACAUACUGAAGCGGCGCCUGAGCCAGGCCGUCAUCGCCGACAGCAUCGUCCACAAGGAGAUGACGCAGAUCUCGAUGCUCCUCGGCACCGCGAUGGGAUUUGCGGUUUGGGCCUACCUGGACAAGGAGGAAAACCUUGGGGUCUUUGCCGCGAUCGGGCACGGGGCGCACGACAUAGGUGGGAAAGGCGAGCAGUAUAUGAUCAUUGCGUUGAUCCUCGUGAUGCUGUUCUUUGUGCGCAACCCUCUUUUCACGAUUGUCGUGGUGAUCCUCAUCAACGCCAACUUCAGCAUCACCGACAAGACGGUCAAUUCCUUCAGCAUCAGCAUUUUCUUCGCGUCGAUCUCCGCUAUUAUCUUCACAUACUUUGCCCACGUGAUCGCGUGCUCGUGCGACGUGAUCUGCUACUCCUUCGCCAUCGAGGCCGAAAAGGGGGAGCAACAGGAGCGCAUGACUGAGCUCUACGACCUCUUUCGUCGCCAGGCCUUUCAGGCGGACGCCUCGCAGGCUAUGCGCUACCCCGCCGAGGUGGAAGCGCCUGCCCAUCAUUCGGCCCGAGUCAUUGCUUACCGCGCGCAGCCCUGA